AUGAAUGCUAUCGAAAUUCAAUUUCAAUUUGGACGCGAAUUUCGCACAGCAAAAUUAGAAUCCGAGAAUUAUUUGACAUUUGAAUUCCUACUUCGUCUUAUUCAACAAACAUUUUCAACCUGUAAACAUCCAUUCACGUCAUUCAUCUAUGUCGAUGACGAUGGCGAUCGCGUUACAGUUUCGAGUGAACUUGAAAUGGAUCCAUUACGAGAAUUUUAUUUUCGUAUGUGCCAAGAACAAUUAUCUUCGAAGCCUAUUCUCAAACUUCAACCUAUCGUCAACCGCAAUCAUGCUAAUUUAACAAUCGAUACCAUUUCAUCAUCUCCUGGCGAUCAAAAUAAUCAAGAAAGAAAGAAAUAUGCCUAUAUGGAAGCUAACGUUGAACACAUUCUUUCAUCAGGAAAGAUGUUAUCUCUUGACAUGCUGGAAAUUAUCGGUACAGGAAACAGUGGUGUUGUACGACGAUGUCGAAAUCGGCAAACUCAACAAAUUCUUGCGGUGAAAAUUAUUUCACUCGACCUCCAUAAAGAAGAAAAGAAACAUGAAAUCGUCACUGAACUCAAUGCAUUGAAUACCCUCCAGUCGGAUUAUAUUGUUCAGUUGCACGGUGCUUAUUUACACGAAAAUUCUGUUCAUAUCUGUACUGAAUACAUGGAUCGCGGUUCACUCGAACAAUAUAUCGGUAUUCUUGUACCCGAAAAUGUUCUCAUUCACAUAACAUUAUCAAUGAUACAAGGUUUGAUGUAUAUGUGGAGUCGUAAGAUAAUGCACCGUGACAUCAAACCAUCCAAUGUGCUUGUGAAUAGUUAUGGUUGUAUAAAACUAUGCGAUUUCGGUGUUAGUCGAGUGCUGGAAACAAUUGGCCAGAAAGUAGAUACAUUUAUUGGUACACACAAAUACAUGGCACCAGAACGUGUCAUCUCAGAUGAAUACAGCAUUCCAUCAGAGAUCUGGAGUGUAGGCAUGACAGUUCUGGAGAUGGGCCUUGGGCGAUAUCCAUUUCAUACGGAAAGUCAAGGUCCACCACUAGCCGUUCGGCCUAUCGAACUAGUACAAUGCAUUGUGUAUGAGGCAACACCACCAUUAUCGAUUGAUCGUGGCUAUUCAUCCGAAUUUGCUGCAAUCAUUCAGAAGUGUCUUUCUAAAACUUCCACAGAACGACCACUACCAAAGGAUUUUCUCGACUAUCCUCUCUUCAUAAAAUAUAACCAUAAUGAUCCCAACCAGAAUCGCGCAAUCGUUGCCGAUUUCUUCAAUCGGACCGCAAUCGCUGCUGCUCGACCGUAA